AUGACAAAAUAUAAGUUUGUUAAGGUACUGGCAACAGCCUCUGCAAGAGAACGACAGCACGUGAUUCGUGUACACUUGGACAAACUUCACGCAAGAAGCGUGUGUCCUUCGAGUAGGGCCCUGACAUCAAUAGGCUGUAAGGGAGCACAUGUGGAGAGAGCGGAGAAAAAUCGGACCGAUUCAAGCGCUCAAGUAGGGUAUAGCACGGGUAUGGGCCACACCGCGGGUAUGGGGGUCACGGGUAUGGCGGGUACGGGUACGGUGUCGAGAUGUGCUACCCGUGGCCGUACCGUACCCGUCAGCGCGGUAUACGGUUCCAUUCUUCCGUCUCGGAGACACAUUACUAUUACUGAUUACAACUCGGUGAUUCAACAGUAUAAAGUGAGUCUACCUCAACGUGUUCAGAUGCUAUCGUCAUCUCUGCAGCCCAUAGCGGACAAUGUUGUAAAACGUGUUAAGCUUGUCCUUCCACAGGCCAAAGAUGAUGAAGCUGAUCUAAACGCACUCAAGAAGACAUGGCGUUCAGUGGUCUAUUCAUUUUUUAAGCUUGAUGCUGUGACUGUCCAGUAUCACGAUGAACGUCUAGACUUAUUCGAUUCAAUGCAAGCGUUACAAGCAGGCUACGCUCUUUUUUCGCGCAACUCGGCCAGUGUCUAUGCAGUCAUACCUGCAAUGGACAAACUUGAUAACCACAUGAACAAUGUCGAGACGAAAGAGAAAUUCUGA